GUAAACUUGGUAAUUUUUUGUGUGGGACUAAAAAUACUAAGACAAAUCAGUAAAUUAUUUAAAAUACUCCAUAUUGUGAGCAGUUCCUAGAUUUUUUAACGUGAUUAGUUAACAGUUAUGGGAAGAUGGCCGCCUUGUUUACCGUCUGACUGUUUCAUAUUUAUACCAAAACACAGUGAAAGACGGAGGACAGAAACAAGAGACAGUCGUUUCUAAAGAAGAACAAAACUGUUCCCUGUUGGAUUUCAGGACAUUUCGGCUCCUAAAACAGCUGCAACAUGUCCAGACAUGUGGUGAGCGUGCAGCCAAAGAACCGGGUCAGAGAGGCCGGAGCCUGGAGCACCGGACUGUGUGAGUGCUACAAAGACAUCGGAGACUGCUGCCUGGCCUGCUGCUGCCUCCCGCUGUUUACCUGUAAGGUAACGAGAGCGGCCGGCGCCUGUCCCUGCCUGCCUCUGCUGGACUGCAUCAGCUGCGUUCCUCCGGCCUCUCUGGCCAUGAGGGCUUCGGUCAGGGAACGCUACGGCAUAAAGGGAAGCGUGUGGAGCGACUGCCUGUACGGAUGCUGCUGCUACACGCUAUCUUGGCUUCAGAUCUCCAGGGAGCUGAAACGAAGAGCAGCAUCCCACGCCGCCUCCUCUCCGCCGGCCUCCUCCGCAGCCAGAUACACUGCUCUGACCUCCCUGCAGGGGGCGCACUUGGUCUAGACGCCUAGAGGAAGCCUUCUCUCCCUGGUGGCAGAAAGUCCAGGAGAGGAUUUAAUCACACUUCAUUUGGCCUGCAGGGACAUAACAGACAAAAGUCCAGUUUGCUCAAAUUAUUUAAACUCUUUAUGUUUUUUCUAUACUGUUUGGAUUCUUUAUAGCAAAAAAAUAAAUAAAAAUCUUUGGUCAAAGUGUCUCUAAUAAAUAUUACUUGUGAAUAUGUUGCAUAAGUAAUCUGCAAAUAAACAUGUAGCACUAUUUUUGUUCCUAGUAGCAGGUUUUUAAAAAUGUUCAUUUCAUUGCUUGCUAGACUGAAUCAUCAGCUAUUUGUGUGGUUCAGUUUCUUCUUUAGCGAAUUGUUCUGCUCAGGAAACUUACAGUAGAAACUACUGUUUUUAUUUCAGCUAAUUUUUGUUUGCUUAAUUAUUAUUUUUUGCCUCAGUUUCAGUUUGCACUCCAUGAAGCAUUUCUUUAAAGGGUUAAUGAUUGUUUCCAAUCUUUUUAUUGCUUCAGGGAAAAAAGACAAGACAAAUGAAAAUGCAGGAAUAACUAAAUGUGUAUA